AUGAGUUUACUCAAGAAACCAAGGGCGAACGUCGCUUGCAAUCGUUGUCGUCAGAGCAAGCUAAGAUGUGUCAACAGCAAUCGAUCUACAUGCCAACGAUGUGCGGAAUUGAAUUUGAGUUGCAGUUACACCUUGAAGGCUUCCCAAAUGAAGAAAAAGAGUUUGAUGCCAAAGACAGUUAGUCAAAAUCCAGUUAUUCUACCCAGCAAAGAGCUAAUCAUCGAAAUGGUUCAGAUAUUUUUCGACAACCAGUAUAAAGGGAUUUUCCCUAUAUUUCACAAGCCCACGUUCAUGUCAUUUCUAAGGUCCGACGAGUUCAACCCAGUAACCUUUAUUGAGCAACCACCAAUAACAACACCAUUACAACCAAAUACAGUGGUGUUGUUAGCAAUCCUUGCCCUUUGUGCUCGAUUGCAUAAAACACUUCCUGAUGCCCUCAAUGCGUCUCUCGAUUUUGGAUGGCAUGCACGAAAGUUGGUUCUGGCUGAGUUUGACAACCCAACGUUAUCCAAUGUGCAAGCAUUGUGCGUUCUCAGUAGUCACGAAUGGGGGGAGGGAAAUGCUUCUAGAAGUUACAUGUACGUUGGCCUAGCUGCUCGGAUGGCAAUGAUUUUGGGGCUCAACGAAGAGCCAACAGGAACAAAUGAAUUGGAAAAUGAGGUGAGGAGGAGAGCGAUUUGGGGAGUGUACAUGAUGGAUAGGUGUAACUCGAGUGGCAGAAAAGGUCAUUCAUGCAUCAGUUUAUCUGAUAUCCAUGUCAGACUUCCCGAUCAUGAGAGAAACUUUAUAUUUGGCGAAAUUCAAAGUCAAUGUUUUCGAAAUGACAUCGACAAGUUGGAAACAGAUAGGUCAAAAAUAUCCUGCAAUGGGUUUAUGAUCUAUUUGUUUGAAAUAUGGAGGGAAAUUGGAACUUGGGUUGGCUUAACUGAAUCGAAGUUAGACCCAUUAGCACCUUGGGAUCCUGAGUCUUCAUUUUACAAAUUGUCAAAAAAAUUGGACAAGUUUGAAGAAACCCUUCCCACUUCUCUUCAUUUUUCUCACCUCGAGGAGCAUAUCAGCUAUGGUUCAGCUGCGGACUUUGCCUACUUCCACGGGUUAUGUUUCUUGUGCCGAAUUUUUUUAAACCGGGAGUAUUUUUACGCCCUGCCCGAUAUUGGUCCUCGAGGUUGGUGGAACGACCUUACUGCACAAUUGUUUGACACCUUGGACAAUCUAGACCUGAUAACGAAAAGAUUGAAGCCAAUGAAUCUCAUGGUGAUUGCUCCUUUCACCGGGUUUCAAGUAUUUACAGCUGGUGCAACUAGUUUGUACAUUGCUGCUUACCCUGCCAAAGUAUUAAAACAACACUUUCCUGACCAAUCGAUUCAGAGGUUUAAGGCAAGAGCCAGGGACUGUCUAACCACUUUGAAUAGUUGGAAGCAAUCAUGGGGAUUGGGCAAGAACUGGAUUGAAACACUACACAAGUUGCAAGAGAUGUUUUCAGAGGUGGCAGACUUACAGGAUGACGAGAUACGACAUAGCAUCAGCGACUAUGGCAAUAUCGAAAACACAAUGCAAAUCCUGCAUGUUCUUUCCGAUGACACUACCGGGGAUGAAGCUUUAAACGCUAUGAAUAAUUUAGAUUUAUCGUCUAUUUUCCCUGAUUGGAAUGAGGCUAUGAAUUUAUACAACUAG